AUGCCUUUCAGCUUCCAUUCCGUCUACGAACAUCAACGAGAUGAGACCAAUGCUUGCAAGCCAAACACGCAACAUUUGCUGUUCCGUCUUGCAGAUGUUUUUAUGAGGACAUGGGAUCUAGGCUUCACUUCUUUUGGAGGCCCGCCCGUACAUUUCCAAAUUCUGCAUCAGCGGUUUGUUGAAAGCAAGGGCGGCUAUGCUGCUUGGGUCAGCGACCAGACUUAUCAUGAAGUCUUUGCUGUUUCACAAGCAUUGCCUGGACCGGCGAGUACAAAGAUGUUGUUCAAUCUCGUCAUGUAUCAUGCUGGUCUAGUGUGUGCCAUCUUUGCCUUUUUCCUCUGGAGUCUUCCUGGAGCGCUGGGUAUGUUCUUACUUUCGAUCGGUGUAGGCAAGAUUGGAGAGGUUCUUCCUGGUCCUGUGUAUGGUUUGCUUUCUGGUCUUAAUGCCUCGACUGUCGGCAUAAUCGCUCUCGCAGCUGUGCAGCUGGGCACAAAGGCCAUCACUGAUCCACUAUCUCGCAUCUUGGUCAUCUUUGGUGCAUGUGCAGGACUUUGCUAUACCGCUCUAUGGUAUUUUCCUGCCCUAGUAGGUAUCGGUGGUGUGAUAGCCGUAAUCUGGGAUCUGUACCUCAGCCGAGCCAUCAACAAACUUCUUGCCAAACAACGACAGAAACGUACCAACCUCCAACGUGCUGCUGAGGAGAACCUUGAAGACACGACUACGUCAAGCAUCCCACUACAAAACAUGACAGCCUCAGAAUCCUCUCAAAGACGCACUGCAACACCAAGCACCCAAGAUCCACCCUCCAAAACCUCGGUCACAAACACAGAAACCGCCAACGAAAUCACCUUACAGACGCCGGACCACCAAGACCACACCUACACCUUCUCCCUCUACCCCAGCCUCGCCAUAAUCAUCAUCUUCUUCGCUUCCUUCGCCCUCUUCCUACCCCUCCGCGGCGUCAUCUCUCCUCCUCCCGUCGUUCUAAACCUCUUCACAAACAUGUACCUCGCCGGCACCAUAAUCUUUGGCGGCGGCCCUGUAGUAAUCCCUCUCUUACGCGAGUACACAGUUCAACCUGGCUGGGUAUCAUCUAGAGACUUUUUGAUCGGGUUGGCUAUUAUCCAAGCAUUUCCAGGGCCGAACUUCAACUUUGCGGUUUAUCUGGGGGCUUUGGGGGUUAAGUCUGCAGGGGUCACUGGAUUCGUGGGUGCCAUGUUAGGCUUCUUCGGCAUCUUCGUUCCAGGCUUGACGCUAAGUGUAGGAGUAGCAGGGAUAUGGCAGAAAUUGAGGACGAAAGCGGCGGUGGCGAGUGUAUUGAGAGGAAUCAAUGCUACGGCUGUGGGAUUGGUGUUUACAGCUGUGUAUCGAUUGUGGGAAAUUGGUUAUUUGACUCCGGAUGCUGGGAGAGGUAAGAGUCUGGCUAAUGAUCCUUGGUGGGUGGUUGUGGCUGCUGUGACGUAUUCGGGGUCUGCUUGGUUUAGGAUUCCACCGGCUUUGGCGGUCUUGAUGGGGGCAGUAUUGGGGUUGUGUUGGUAUGGUGUUGCUGGGCAGAGAAUUUUGGGUCUGUGA